AUGGGACUACCACAUAGGGGAGUUUAUGGAGGACAGAUUCUUUUCGGCCCUGCAGAUGGAUUUUUGUAUGUUAUGACUGGUAGUGGUACGCAGCGAGGGGACCCUUACAAUUUUGCACAAAACAAAAGAUCGUUGCUCGGAAAGAUCUUGAGGAUUGAUGUGGAUCAAAGAAACGAAGUGCAUGAUCGAGGGCUUUGGGGAAAUUACUCAAUACCAAGAGAUAAUCCGUACAACAAUGACAAGCAAUUAGCGCCUGAAGUUUGGGCUUUAGGUCUUAGAAAUCCAUGGCGUUGUAGUUUCGAUUCAGAAAGGCCUUCCUACUUCAUGUGUGGAGAUUCUGGACAGGACAUGUAUGAAGAGAUAGAUAUGAUAACAAAAGGUGGAAACUAUGGAUGGCCCGUCUACGAAGGCCGUUAUCUCUUCAAACCAGCAAAUGCCCAAGAAGGAAGCAUUUCUAAUUCUAGCUCCAACAGUCUCAGGUUCCCGGUCAUGGGAUACAACCACUCUGAAACUUGUAAGACAAUUGGUUCCGCGUCUAUAAUUGGUGGAUACUUCUACAGGUCUCAAACUGAUCCUUGUCUGUAUGGAAGGUACUUGUACAUAGACUUAUAUCCAGAUGGAAUAUGGUCAGGUACUGAAAAUAGUAGAAACUUUACAAGUUCAAAAACACCAUACAGGUGUGCGCGUGAUUCUCCAAUACAUUGUGAAUCCAUUGCAGAGGAUGUUAUGCCUGCUAUAGGAUACGUUUUGUCUUUUGGGGAAGACAAUAGAAAAGAUAUUCAUAUGCUAACAACCACUGGCGUUUACAGAGUUACACGUCCGAGUAGGUGUAACUACCAUUGUCCUAAAGAAACAAGUGUAGCAAGUAAACCAGGUCCUUCUGUUUCCAUGUCUAGGAAAUUAUGGGAGAGGGCACAACACUAUACUCUUCUAAUUUCUUCUAUGUUGAUGCUUUUGUUGAAUUUUGUAUAA